AUGAAUGGAGGAAAAUACAUCCCAAUUGAUCUCUUUCUCGCGAUAUUCUCGAGUUUACCUGCAAAAGUCAAUAGCCAGGUCUCGUUGCGUGUCGAAGUUAUGGGAAUCCAUGCUUCGCCGUCCAUAUUUCACGGAGUUGUUCUUGACGAGUCCGAGAAAUUCAAGUUCGAAGGUGCAGAAAACUGCCAUUAUCAGUUGAUAAACUAUAAGGGAAAAUUAUGUGAGAUUUAUGUGGAGUAUGCUCGUGAUGUUGGAUUUCCCCUUAAGUUGAUUAUGCGGGUUCUAGAGGAUGUCGAUAAGCAGGAAUGGUCGAAAGAUGUCUACUCUUUGUAUUCUGAGAGAAAAUUUGGCCACGAUCUUUCCGCUAUCGGUAAUCGUAUUUGCACCUUUUUAGACUAUGUAGAGGAUAUCAGUGUUAACAUUGCAAUGCAAAUCAAGUCAAGCCCUUUACAACAAAGCCGGAAUAUCGUUACCAAGAAGCCGAAACCACAACAACGCCCGCAUACAUCUCGUGACCUCUGCAAGUCUUGCGCCGUCUGUGAAGAAACAAGCAGCAUAACAAGUAUGAAUCAUUAGCUAACAUGCUCUAUUGUUAGAGAUUAGGAAGGGAUUAAUGGGCCCAUGAGAUGGGAGGCCCAUAAUCCUGAAAAAGCAUGUAAUGUCCCACAUCGGAAAGGUGGGAAGGACCUUGACUAAUAUAUAAGAGAUAUGAGUCAUUCCACCUAUUAAAGUCGUAUGGGCUUCCAACCUAAAACCAAUUGGCAAUAAGUGGAGUGGCUCAUAUCUCUUAUAUAUUAUUAUUUUUUUUUUUUUUUUGUUUUUUUUUGUUACAUUUCUUUUUUUCUAGCUAUAUCAUUCGGUUGACCUAGCUAUUUUUGUCACGUGUGGACACAUUCGUGAAAAUGCCUAACAGUUGUAAAUCUUUGAAAAUUUCUCAAGAGUUUCAAUCGGCUCUUAACCUCCAAUCCCAGUUCCUUUCUUGAUUAAUCGUUGGUACCUUAUAAUGGCCAAAUUAAAAUGGUUAUCCUUAA